AUGGAUGUGGAGUUGGUGAAAGGGCUUUUGGAAACCGUCCGAAAUGCAAUGGUUUCAUAUAAGCGGCACGACGACGUAGCGGUGCCAAUUAUUGAUCCGGACAAAAGCAACUACGAAGCAGCUGCCUGGUGCGAAAGCUUCGAUAAGUUAGGAGAAGAGUUUAAAUGGAGCAGCUUUGAGAAGGUUGCAAAAGCCGGUAAGGCCCUUCGGGGCUCUGCAUUAUCCUGGUUUGAAACGUGGGAGUCUGAGACAGUUAAUCAUGAGAAGAAUUCAAAAAAAGAUAUUAUGUCUGUUUACCCGCAAAAUAAAAAUUUUAGUGAGAAACUGUUAAACGUUGUGUUCUAA